GAUGCUUGGACGUCUGACCUCUCUGGUGCUUCUCCCCCUCAUCGCCGCAGGGUUGGAAAUCUCCUCACCUUGUGAUGCACCGGUCUGUUUCCACACGUGGAAACUCCACAACAGCUACGUAGUCGGCAUCGUCAGGAAUGGAAGGAUCCUCCGCACCAAAGAUGAGGAGGGAUGCACCGUGCGAGUCGAGAAUCUGAACGACACCGCUGGGCAGCAUCGCUGCGGGCAGGCGGAAGACGGUCUUCCUGCUGAGAGCGCUGUCACUGAAGCCCCUGUCCUGAAGGUGGCGCCGAGGAAGCCUGUGUCGCUGCAGUGUAUUCUGCUCUCCUCCAUAGGAGACCGGCGGUGUCCUUCUCAUGUGGCCUUUUUCUGGGUGGACGAGACACGAGAGCAGAUCGGGUCAGACACCACACAUGGCCGAGUGAGUUCACCCUGUAACGCCAGUGUGACCGUCACGCUUCCGGGCGUUGAGUCCAGAACCUUCCGCUGUGUGGCCAAAGUGGGUCAGAACAGAGAGAUGUCUGUGAAACUUCGAGUCAAAGUGCCAGAACUGAGUGGUCGGCGAGGCCCGGCAGUUCCACAGGGAGAUGGGGAGGAGACAGGCAGCAGCCGAGCCUGGGUCUCUACGGUGGUGGGGCUGCUGUUGUGUGUGGCCUUGACUGCAGUGGUUGCACUGCUUGUGGCCAGAAGACGCAGAAUCAAAAAGCUACCUGGCACAUCGACUUCCAAGUCCAGCGUCAAUGAGGAAGGUGGCGACUCAGCGGAGGAGGUGAUUUACGCCGAGGUCGUCCUCCCGGACGUGAGCAGCAGGCUGACUUUCCUGGACCUGGACGCCACUGAAUACGCCUGCGUUCGCUACAAAUGACACUCUGGUCGUUCCCAGCGCAACAUAUGCAAAUAAGGCAGGUUUUAGUGUCCAGCAGAGAUGAACAACACACGGCUACCUCAUGACUGUCUACACAAAAUACUCAGGAGAUCAUCUCCUGAAGGACAUCUAGCUCCAACUAUGUGCUCCUAACUUCCUCCUCUCAGUGUAUUAAUAAUAUAAUUAGUAUUAGUAAUAUCUUUCUGCAUUUAUGAAUGUGUGCUUUUUUUCACAA